AAGGGCGGGAUGCAGAUCUUCGUGAAGACGCCGAGGGGGAAGACGGUGACCCUGGAGGUCGAGAGCAGCGACACCAUCGGCAACGUCAAGGCCAAGAUCGAUGGCGAGGAAGGCGUGUCUCCGGAGCAGCAGCGUCUCAUCUUCGGCGGGAAGCCGCUGGAGGAGGAGCGCAGCCUGGCCGACUACGACAUUCAAUAUGAACAAUCCUCUCACAUUCGCCUACGGCUAAAGCUCGGGAUGCAGAUCUUGGUGAAGACGCCGACGGGGAAGACGGUGAUCCUGGAUGUCGAGAGCACCGACACCAUCGGCAACGUCAAGGCCAAGAUCGACGGCGAGGAAGGCGUGUCGCCGGAGCAGCAGCGGCUCAUCUUCGGCGGGAAGCCGCUGGAGGACGAGCGCAGCCUGGCCGACUACGACGUCCACAAGGACUCCACUCUCCACCUGCUGCUUCAGCUGCCCGGCGGGUUUCGCGGCCGCGAGGGUGGUUGGUCCACGGAAAAAAACAUGAAAGUCCUUGCUGAAAGCUACAACGCAAAUAAGAAGAUCUGCCGCAAGUGCUAUGCUCGGCUACCACCUGGGGCUACAAACUGUCGCAAGAAGAAGUGUGGCCAUCGCAACCAGCUGAGGCCAAAGAAGAUCUGGAGGCUCUACUAA